CCAACUUCUGCAGUCAAAAGCUGGGGGCUCUUACCGGCGGGUUACGAAUUGAGCACCUGUUCAACAUGACGCUCUUCAUGCUGUUGCUGUUGGUGACGUCAUGCAGCAGCUAUUCUAUCAAGGCAGUGGAAGAUUCAGGAAUCGAAUCUGACAACGGCAGUGCUGCUUACGAUCUCAACAAAAUGAGCCCGAUUGCUGCACUCCCGCCUACUGUGUCGGGAGCGACUGAACAGUUUUUUUAUAUUAAUACCGAAAAACUGAAUGAAAUCGCACGUAAUAUAACUGCUGUUACUGGACAACAUCUCGCCGGUAUCAAGAUUGGAGAAGCAUCUUCUGAGUCUGAAGUUGACUCGAACCGGUCCGAAGCUCACAGUGUCAGUAAACGAGAAAUCAGCAGUCAACUUGAAGAUAAUUUGGACCAAAAGAGCAAUGGUUCAACUUGGAAACAGACGCGCAGUGCCGACUUGCUUGGAAUUAAAGACCAGUGGGAAGACGACUCAUACGAAUCAGUGAACGAGUCAAUUUGGGAAGAGGCUUAUAAUGCCAGUGGACUUGAAAUUGAAGGCCAAUGGGAAGAUGAGUCAAACGAAUUAGCGAAUGGGUCCUUUUGGCAACAAGAACACAGUGCCAAUGGACAUGGAAUCGAAGGCCAGUGGGAAGAUGACUCUGAUGAAAUAACGAAUGACUCUAUAUGGAAACGGACGCGUAGUACCGAUGGAUAUGGCAUCGAAGGCAAAUGGAAAGAUGACUCUGAUGAAAUAACGAAUGGCUCUAUUUGGAAAGGGACGCGCAGUGCCGAUGUACUUGACAUCGAAGGCCAGUGGGAAGAUGACUCUGAUGAAAUAACAAAUGGUUCUAUUUGGAAACAGUCGCGCAGUACCGAUGGACUUGCAAUCAAUGGCCAGUGGGAAGAUGACUCAAACGAAGUGACGAAUGGCUCUAAUUGGAAAGGAACGCUCAGGGUCAAUAAGCUUGGAAUACAAAGGGAAGACGACUCAGACUUGGCAAAUGAAUCUAUUUGGGAACAGGCACGCAGAGCUUUAAGACUUAAAGAUGACGAUGACCAGUCUGACGAGGCUACGAAUGAUCCGGUCAUAGACAAAGCUCGUCCUAAACGUCAUUCUCACAAUGAAAGCAGUGAGUCUUACGAAGUUGAAGAAGCCAACGACAAAUCAAAGAAUGCUACAACUUUUGACCAGGCACAAAGUGUCAGCGGACUCGAACGCUAUGAAGAGGAAAAAGAUAUUCCCGACGAGAUAACAUAUGAUUCAGAGUGGGACGAUUGGCCAGAGCAGCAAAGUUUAGAGGAAGAGUAUGAGGAAAACUUUUUAGAACUUGAGCCUGAUGAAAUUGAGAGAAGUUUACGUAGUGUCAACGUACAAGACGGAGACAACAAAUUAAAAUCAAUACCUGAGGAAGAAGACCUUAAUAUUAGAGGACAAGAAAACCUUAAUAAUAACGAAGACGUACUGUCUCAAGAAGAGGUUGAAGUGGAUCCAACUCGUUUCAAACGCUGGGUUGUUAGUAAGUUCUCCGACAAAAGUUCAAGCGAAGAAGCGAAUGACUCAGCUUCAGAAGAAGAGCGCUCACUAACUUACGAUAGCGCCGAAAACGCUACCGAAGAUUUCCGUCCCCUGCAGGAUGUAAGCGACCAAAUGAUAAAUGAUGAACAGUGGAAAAAUGAAACAGCAGCGACAAGAAAAACUAGGGAAACUGCAGAAACGCAAAGCAAACGACGAGGAGUAUCACUUGAACCUAUAAAGCCCGCUGACUGGGACGGUUUGAAUAGGAAUUUCAAGGACCGAAUGGCACCUGAAGAGAACUGGACCCGUGGACCGCAGAAAGACGAAUUCAGGAGCGCCCGCGACCUGAACUCCAAUGACGAAGACAACUCCUCGCAUGAACAACCUCUCUCAAUUUAUGAAGAGAAACAAGAUUAUCUUCUGCCAGACGAAAGAGAAAACGCAACUGUGAAGCGAAGUAUUACUGGCUUCAAAUCUAGCCAAACAGCAGCAGAUUUGGGAGUUGUUCAAGCAGAACUAAAUUCUACAAACUUUGCUGUCAAUAUUAGAUAUCGCCAAUUCACGGAAGCGCUGCCAAACGAUAAGAGAGCAUGGGCAGGCGCUAAAGAGCAAAAUUUGGGUGAAAGUCGCCGUUUAUCAAACGAGCAAAAGAUAACCAAGGAUUCAAGAGUCGAUUCAGAAAUUAAUGUAAUUCAGAAUUCUAGGCGUCGUCGUUUCGAAAAAUUUCCGGAUGAAAAAAACACCAAUACAAAUGAUUCUGAAGAGAUAAACAUUUCUAACUCCCUCCCAAAGUCAGCAGAUUACGCCUCAGACGUCGAAAGCCUAGAAGCUACAGAGGAGUUACAGGGCAUUAAAUCAACCACUGAAUUCCCUGUGUCUUCCGAAUCUAUUAUUUACUCCGCACCUGAAAUAAUAUCAAGACUCUCGAGGAACACUAACGAGGACGGCUUCGAAAAAGAACUGGAAGACGCUGAUGGCAAAUCAAUCGUAGAAAUAUCUGGAAAAUUAACUGACAAGCGCCUCGAAGAAAUAUUAAACAAGGACAACAAUGAGCCAGUGGAGCCCCAGAACGGAAGUGGCAUUGGGAACGAGGAAAGUUUGGAUCCCCAAAGUGGAAGUGACACUUGGGAUGAGGAAGGUUCGGAAACCCAGAAUGGGAGUGGCAUUGAGGACGAGGAAAGUUCGGAUCCCCAGAAUGGAAGUGACAUUUGGGAUGAGGAAGGUUCGGAGUCCCAGAACGGAAACGGCAUUGGGGACGAGGAACAUUCGGGGCCUUAUAACGGAAGUGUCAUUGGAGACAAGGAACGUUCAGAGCUCCAGAAAGGCUGGAGGAAGAGGCGCGCGGUGGCAGUUUUCCCCAAUCAUAAGGUCAUCGUUCGAGCCCCACAGUGCAGCCUCAGCUUCCCCGCCAUCCACGUGGCUGUGGAUGACAUCGCCUUCUUCAGAACACCAGAAUUUCCGCUUUUCCUGCCGCCAUUCACCUUCUGUGGUUGGUCCUUCAAGUCAGACGAAGAGACGGCGCUACGUCUGACGUGCGCGUCUGUCUCGCUGGGGGCGGGCGAGUACAUCCUCGUCUGGGACGCUGACGAUGGUGAACGUCUCCUCGGAGCGACCAAUCAAAACGGCGCUUUGAUCCAGUGGGCGUUCGUGGGCAACCACGGCAGGGUGGGCCUGCUCUCAGAGUUUGGUGGACCGAACAAAGGCUUCACUUGUCGCAUCACCGCUGAAGAUACCAGCCUGGCAGCCGCAUUAGAAGACGCUUUUUCUAUAAAUUCAGCGUUUACUACUCGUAGAACUACAACUACAACUGUUCCAACCACUACGGCACCAAAAACUACUACUUCUGAGACUCCAACAACAACAACACCCACCACAACAGCAACACCCACCACAACAACAACACCCACCACCACAACAACCACAACACCC